GACUCCACAGACCGCGGCUACUCCGAGGUACUGAUAGCUGGAGCCUGGGGAGAGAUAUUUUGUAUCGGAGACAAGGAAGAAAGAAAAAGGACAGAGCUUUGAAAACACCGCAAGCACUACAUUUGAAAUACUGAAGCGGUAUACAAGUACUACAGACAGUUGAUAAGGCUUUGCACAGAUAUGGAUAUCUACGACCCCCAGACUCUUGGCAUUGUGGUCUUCGGUGGCUUUAUGGUGAUCUCAGCCAUCGGGAUCGCCCUGGUCUCCACCUUCUCCAUGAAGGAGACCUCCUACGAGGAGGCCCUGGCCAAGCAGCGUAAGGAGCUGGGCAAGAUUCAGCCGGCUCGCCCCGAGAAGAAGAAGAAGGAGAAGCCGUCUGAGAAAAAGAGCCGCAACAAGAAGAAGGAGGACAAGCCCAACGGCAAGCUGCCCGAGCCGGAGAGAGCCCCCGAGGCUAGCGAGACGGUCAGCGACUCCGAACCCGAGCCCGCCCCCGAGCCCCCCGUCAUGCCCGCCGCUGCCCCUCGCCCCGUCCUGGUGGAGGCGCCCCCCGCCCCCUCCCCCAAGGACAAGAAGAAGAAGGAGAAGAAGGUGGCCAAAGUGGAGCCCGCCCCCACCCAGGCUGCGCCCCCUCCGAAACCCGCGCCCGUGCUGGAGGCCGUCACCAAAGAAGUCCCCGUUAUGGCUGUGCCCCCCGUAGGAGCCCAGCAGAGUGCCCCCGCUGCCGCCCCGACGCCCGCCAAGGUGGAGGAGCCCAAGGCCGAGGCUCCCGCCAAGAAGAAAGUGGCCUCUAAGAAGAAGGCUGAGCCGGCUGUGGCGGCAGACUCCGUGGAUGCGCCCCUCUACCUGCCGUACAAGACGCUGGUUUCCACGGUGAGCAGCAUGGUGUUCAGCGAGGGCGAGGCACAGCGGCUCAUCGAGAUCCUGACCGAGAAGACGGGCAUUGUGCAGGACACCUGGCACACGGCCACCCAGAAGGGGGACCCUGUGGCGGCACUGAAGAAGCAGCUGGAGGAGAAGGAGAGGCAGCUGGCCGCCGAGCAAGAGGAUGCAGCCGCCGCCAAGAACCGCCUGAGGGAGCUGUCCAAGGAGCUGACUGCGGAGAAGUCCAAGGUGGCGCAGGUGGAGACUCGGCUGAGCUCGCAGCUGAGCACUCGGGAGCAGGAGCUGGUGGCCCUGCAGGCCCGAAUGCAGGCCAGCUACCAGGACCAUGUGACCGAGACCCAGCAGCUCAACGCCAAGAUCCAGAACCUGCAGGACCAGCUCGAGAAGGGACCCAACGCUCAGCUGGCCCGGCUGCAACAGGAGAACUCCAUCUUGCGGGACGCCCUCAACCAGGCCACCAGCCAGACGGAGAGCAAGCAAAACGCGGAGCUGGCCAAGCUGCGGCAGGACUGUGCCAAGCUGAACAUGGAGCUUGGGGAGAGGAACGAGGCCCUGCAGGCGGAGGAGCUGCAGAGGAAGGCCCUGGAGGCCAAGGUGGCGGCUGCCGAGAUGCAGCUCGCUCAGCUGCAGGCCGAGCAGGCGGAGAGUGACCGUGCCCUGCAGAGCCGGCUGGAGGAGGUGAGCGAGGAGCUGAGGAAGAGCCAGAGCAGCAGCAGCGCCCUGCAGGCCGACCUGGAGAAGGCCCAGCAGGAGGCGGCCGCUCUGGAAGAGCUUCAGACGCGUGUGGCCGGCGUAGAGGCGGAGCUCAAGGACAGGUGUGCCCAGGUGGAAGGCCUGCAAGCCCAGCUGAGCCAGGCGGAGGCGGAGAAGGCCCAGCUCCAGGAGCAGAUGGGCACCAUCGAGACCCUGUUGGGAGCGAGCCAGAGCAAAGAAGUGGAGGGGGAGACAGAGCUGCCCACCAAAUCAGCAGAGACCGGGGACCUGCAAAAGAGCCUGAAGGAGAAGGAGGACCAGGUGACGGCACUGGAGGAGGAACUGCAGAAGCUGAAGGCGGAUGUGGUGCAAACAGAGAAGGCAAACACAGCAGCAGACAACACGACAGAGGUGGAGCAGCUACAGAACAGUCUUAAGGAAAAAGAGAACCAGGUGACGUCACUGGAAGAAGAAUUGCAGCAGUUGAAACAUGAACUGGAGAGAGUUAAAAGCACACAGUCUCAACCAGACAGCACAGCUGAGGGAGAGCAGCUACAAGACAGUGUGACGGAAGAGGAGAAGCAGGAGGUGUCUCUGGAAGGACAGCAGGAAGUCAAAGAAGUGGAACAAGUCAAAGACACAGACACUGUACUUGACAACACAGCUGAGAUGGAGGAGCUACAAAAGAGUCUUAAGGAAAAAGAGAGCCAGGUGACAUCACUGGAAGAGGAGCUGAAACAGCUGAAAGAGCAUAUGAAGAGUGAGAAUAAUGAAGGUGUGGAGUCUAGCACAUUUCAGACCGAGGUCAGGGAGGUUCUUCAGUCACUCUUCCCACACAUCUCCAUAGAAACAGAGCAGGCUAACUGGUUGCAAGAAUUCACACAGAAAGCACAGGAAACUCAAAGUCAACAAAGCCAACAGAGCCAAGAAACCCAGCAAGUAACCAUUCAAACCACAGAAUCAUCGGAGCUGCUCUUGAAACUGAAAGAGGCAGAGGAUUCUCAGAGCACACUGCAGGCAGAGUGUGACCAAUACAGAACCGUUCUGGCUGAAACCGAGGGUAUGCUUAAGGACCUACAGAAGAGUGUGGAGGAGGAGGAGCUUGUGUGGAGGGCCAAGAUCAACCAAUCAGAGGAGCAGCUCCAGAAGGCUCUGGAGCAGGUGCAGGCUUUGGAGUUGGCUGCAGAGAAGAUGACGCUGGAAAACCAAAGCACAGAACAGCUGAAGGAGCAAGUGAUGCUUUUGGAAGCACAGCUGGAGAAACAGCUGGAAUCUGCCACUACAGACAGCCAAAAUUACUCUGAAGAGAUGGUGCAGCUGAAGGCCAUGUUGGGGGACUCACAGAGCCAGCUGGAGGUGGCCCAGGUAGAAGCACAGAAACAGCAAGAAGAGUUGGCUUUGGUCAGGCAGCACUUCAGUGACGUGACGGAGCACGUGCAGAAUGAGGAGGAGGCCUCUGGGUUGCAGAGCAGCCAGCCUGAGGUCGAGGCCGAGCCUGAGGCAGAGGCCGAGCCUGAGGUCGAGCCUGAGGCAGAGGCCGAGCCUGAGGUCGAACCUGAGGCAGAGGCCGAGGUCGAGGUCGAACCUGAGGCAGAGGCCGAGCCUGAGGUCAAGGCAGAGGCCGGGCCUGAGGUCGAGGCAGAAGCCGAGGCCGAGGUUGAGGCUGAGGUCGAGGCAGAAGCCGAGGCCGAGGUUGAGGCUGAGGCUGAGGUCGAGUCUUUGCCCGAGUCGGAACCUGAGGUUGUGCAGGAGCCCAGCGAGCUCCAGUCCCAGUUGGAGCAGACAGUGGAUAAGCUGCAGGGUGAGGAAUCUCUGAGGCAGCAGCUCUCAGAUGAGUUUGAACAGGCCCAGAAGUCUGUCACUGACCUGCAGACGCAGCUGGAGGUGCUGAAGGCUGCAGGAGAGACCCCAGCCCCCGACACAGGUGACACCGCUGAGCUGAAGGAUGAACCCGCCAAAGAGAAUAACACUGUCAACACUAUACAGGACCAACUUCAGGGAAAGGAUGAAAUCGAGGAGGUGAAGGAAGGGACAUCUGUUUGAGCCUGAUGAGAGACUACAGAACUUGCCAAAAUGCCUUACAAUUACUAUAGUUAUGCAUUCCUGAAUAUAUAUUCUUUAUUGUACUGUAGUUAAUUUUGAAACCUUUUUAAAGAAAACAAAUGUUAGAGAUAUGAACAUUUCAUUUUAAGAGGGGAACGGACAAGACUUUGCUGAAGACCUUUUUAUCAUGUUGAAAUAUACAUUCCAUCAGAGAGCUUCUGGCUGUGUCAGAAACUAUACCUGAUUUGCCUUCCGUUCCAACACCUAUGGUUCAGUGUUAAAGAAAAGGGAAACCGCAUGUACGUUAAAUGUACAUCAACUAGUGCAAUUACCAUUUUCAUGUGUGUCUUUUGUCAGAGGUUUGAAAAGGUAGGAACAUUUUAUGGUACACAAAUGCAAUACAUGGAAUGCCUGCUAAUUUCUGUAGCUGGCUGCCAAAACAAAUGUGU